AUAUAUAUAUAUAGGCCUAUAGGGAAAUACAGAGUUAACAUUAUACUCUCCACAAUGAAGUACAGUGCUUUGUUAGUUGUCUCUGCCUUUAUCGGGGCAGUAUGCGGCCAGGUCCCCCUCCCGAGUAAGCCUCUUGGCUUCACCUAUGGAAAGGGGAACACCUCAGCCCCUAUACAGUUGUCAGCAUUCCUAGGACCACUGUGUCCCGAUAGCCUGAAUGCCUUCCCAACUCUUCUCCAAGUGGCUGAUCACUAUGGUUCGCAAAACGUCAGACUCAUCACACAUCAAUUUCCAUUGCCUUACCAUAGAAACUCCUUUCUAGCGGCCAAGGGAGCGCAAAUUGUUGACGUACUGAGCUCUGGGAACCAGACGUACCGCUGGUUGGGUGCUGUUUAUGCCCAGAUAAAUGAAUUUUCUAAUGACGCUACACACAAUAAGACGGAGAGCGUAGUACAGGCCAUGUAUGCAUCUAUAGCCACGAGCCUGCAACUAAGUGGAAAUGCAUUUAACGUCAUGUACAAAGACUCGGCUAUAGAAGAAAGCACCCGCUUAGAUUGGAAAUACACUGCAACAAGAGGAGUAGCAUGGACUCCAGCCUUUAUGAUCAAUGACGUGCUGAUACAGGCGGAACCCACCUGGACACUAAAAGAUUGGAGUCAAGUAAUCGACGGUCUCCUAGGCAGCCAGCGACCGCCGUCUAAGCGUGAGACACUAUCAUCGUGUAAGAUUGGAACCAAAACGUGCGAGUACCUGCCAGGGAAGGUCGAGUGCUGCACUAAGGGAGAGGCUUGUAUUCCUAAUGUUGGGUGUCGUUGUUAAAUAAACCAGUUCAUCAAGUUG